UUUUUUGAAAUGAACUGAAAUAAAUUGUUUGUUAAAAUUUGAGUAAAGUUAAGAAAACAAUGGAUUAAUAUUAUUUAAAAUGGUACUGCCAGAAAGAUCAUCAUCUAAUUCCGCUCCAAACAAUUAUCCAUGGCCUUCAUCUCCAGUAAAUCAAGCCUGGCGGUAUCCACAAAAUACAUAUCCACCUGCACCUCCUGGACCUAUUACUUGGAAUGGAAAUACAAAUUGUAAUGGACCUUGGCCAUAUAUGAAUGCACCAGUUUUACUUGGAAAUGGACAAUCAACCAAUAGUUUGAAUAUCUGUUCGCUUCCAACGUCUGCUGUCAAUCUCGGCGUACUUCCACCUAUAUUUCCUAAUCCUUUGACUUCAUCUGUAAUACCGCCAAGACUUACAUAUACAUCAAAUGUUGUAGUUCCACCUUCUUCAUUUUCUGUGCCUCCACCUAUUCUUCGAUUACCUCCUCCAAGUGUGCUUCCCCCUACUGUUUUACCAGAAAAUAGUCUACAUUCUAAAGCAGCACUAAGUGCAGAUUCAAAUGCUUCUUCAUCUACUAGUCUAAGGAAAGAUGUUAAUUUGCUUUCCUCUGGUGCUACUUCCCGAUAUCAUUUAAAAAAUCAAACUUAUGGAGAUCUUGAUUUCAAAAGAUGUAAGCCAGUAUCAGCUACUGGUGAACUCUCUAGUAGUCAUAUAAAGCACAAAGAAAAAAGUUGCGCUGAUUUGAAGCACAAAAAUGCAAGAUAUAGUGAUUCAGAUAUAACAUCUUCUGAGGAAGAUUCCAAAGAGGAUAAUAUUUCAGAGAAUCAUAAGUAUAAUUCCAAAGAUUUGAAGAGAAGGAAAAUAGAUAAUAUAUUAUCUAGAAACUUAGACUCCAAACGAUUGUUCCAAACAUCAUCAGAUAACAAAAAAGCCUCAAAAUAUUGUGAAAAACCCAGAGAGAGGUCAAAAUCUCAUUACUCGCGAUCACCUUCUCCAGUUCGAAAGCAUCGUUCUGAAUCCAGAGCUUGUAGCAAAGAAAGAAGAUAUUCACGUAAACUUUCCUCUGACAGAAAAAAGAGUGAAAGUUGGGACAUAUCAAAGAGGCACUCAUCUCGUGAUAGAAGUUAUUCACACAGUAGAAAAGCAAGAUCUCCAUCUACAUGUUAUUCAGUAUCGGAUAGGAAAAGAAGAUCUUAUUCAAGAGACAGUAGAAGUCAUUCACGUAGACUGUCUAAAGAAAGACCAAGGGAAUUUUAUGAAAUAUCAAGUUCAAAGCAUUGUUCAUCAAGUUCUUCUUCAAAAACACCAGUAGCUUAUAAAAAAACUGAAGUUGAGAUUUCUAAAUCUGAAUUUCAGAAAACUGUUUCAAAAAUAAAAGAUGCGAUUAAAGAUAUUGCUGUCCAUUCCACUUCUAUUUUAGGUGAAAAGAAGGCCAUAUAUGGCGAUAAAAAAGAAAUAAAAAAAGUUAUUUCUGUGGAAGAAACUAGAUUCCAUUCUUCUCCGAAAGUUGAAAAAUGCCAAAUUUCUUAUGAAGUGUUGAAUGCAGAGUCUAAUAUUUCAGGAAAUCAUAUUCAUGAUCUCGAUAGGAAUGUGCUAAAUGAUGACAUUGCUAAUGAUAAAACAGAUGAAUUUCAUAAAGGAGAUUUUGCUCAAUUAUCUUGUGCUACUUCUGAUGUGAAAAUUAAUGAAAGCUUUACUUUAAAAAAUGAAUCAGGAAUUUCAUCCACAGAUUCUUCUACAAUCAGAAAAUUAAUAAAUAGUGAAUAUAAAACGAGUACAAUUUCUGCUAAUGAUAAUGAAUUAAAGCUUCAACAAGGAACUUUUAUGGAUUCCCCUUCAAAGCAUGAGAAAAAUUCACCAUCUAGAGCUAUUUUUGUUCCAGAAGAUAUGAAAGAAGAAAAAGGUGAAAAACACACGAAAAGCAGUUUCAAAUCUCCUGUAAAAAAGCAUGUAGCAACAGACAAAAAUAGCCACCAAAUAAGGCAUUCUCAUGCCAAAUUAUCAAAUAGUGAAGAUAAAACAAUCAGGCAGUCAGUUACUAGAAAACCAUCUGUUUGUCCCAAAUCUCCUGAUUUGUCACCAUAUCAUUCAAGUAGCAGGCAUAGUUCAGUUUCUCGAUCUAGAGAGUGGAACUGCCAUAGAUCUGAGAGUCGAGAGAGGGAAGAUUAUAAAACAUUUAAGGCAAAAUAUGCGUCAAGCUCUCCAAGAUUCAGAAGAGAAAGUUCUGAGAUAAAUAAUAGACAUGGAUCAAGAGAUCGAUUCCUAUCCCACAGGCGUCCACGAUCUCGGGAAAGAGAAAUAACUCCUGAUAAUCAGCCGUCUCUCAGUACAGAAGCCAGCAAAUGGGUCAGGUCUAAUGACUCUCAGCUUUACUAUCAUAGAAUUGAGAAAGAUUCCAAGGAAGUUGUUGCCACUGAUGCCUUAAAAGAACUGCAUAAUAAGUUCAAGUAUGAAUUGGUGGAAAGAGCUGCAAGAGUUCGUGCCAGCAAACCUAAAUAUGAUCCACCAAUACGAAAAACAAAAUUGAGAAACCAUAAGCCUAAAGAGCUUCUAUGCGAAGAAGACAGUUCCAGCAGCAGUGAGAGAUCAUCUUCAAGUGAAGAAGAAGAUACGUCCUUAGAAGAGUUGGAAAAGAAAAGACGGCAUCCUGAUAGAUUGCACCCAGAAUUGUGGUUUAAUGAUCCUAAAGAGAUGAAUGAUGGUCCAUUGUGCCGAUGUAGUAUGAAAGCUAGUCGUUCUGGUAUUCGUCAUGGGAUUUAUGUGGGGGAAGAACUUUUAUCUCAAUGUGAUCCAUACAGCAAUAAUGCUGAAAGGCUGUAUCAUUAUAAAAUUGCAAUGACACCAGUAACUAAUUUUUUGACGAAAUCUCCAACUAUUAUUAUGCAUAAUGAAGAGAAAUAUGUCUUUGAAGGAUUUUCCAUGUUUUCUCAUAAGCCAUUACCGAAACUUCCUAACUGCAAAGUAAUUCGAUUCAACUAUGAGUAUACCAUUCUGUAUGUGGAAGAAGAGAUGCCAACCAAUUUUACUGUAGCUGGUCUUGAACUUUUUAGCAAUUUUUUGUUGCAAGAGAUUCUGGAAUUGGUGGAUUUGGAAUGGAAAGCCUACAAUGAUCUAAAUGGCUGUCCUCAGUUUCAUUUUAUGCCACGCUUUGCCAAAAUAUCUCAAGAAGAAGGAAAAGAAUUGCUUUCCUUGGAUGUUAUUUUGCAGUAUCUUUUGAAUUCUAACAAAAUUCUCAUUGAUGAGGGAAAAUUGUCUGAAAUCUUAACAUAUUCAAAUAAAAAAUGGCAAGAUUUAGCUGAUGAAGUAAAAGGCAUGAUUGUGACAUGCCCAGGCAUGAAACCUUCCUCCAUACGUGUUGAUCAACUAGAUAGGGAACAUAUUGAUUUACAUUCAGAAAGCACAUUUCCUGUUAUUGUUCAUUUUGGUGUCAGACCCCCUCAACUCAGCUAUGCUGGAAAUCCACAGUAUCAAAAAGCUUGGCGAGAUUAUGUGAAGUACCGCCAUUUAUUAGCCAAUAAACCAAAAGUCCGUUAUGCAGAUAGACAUAGAUUAAUGCAGAAAGAAACCAGAUUACAAGAGAUGAGGAUGGAAAAUGAUUUGAAACGAGAUGUUACUGUUGUCAUCAGUAGUAAAGGAUUCUACAAAACUGGCAUCAAGAGUGAUAUAGUUCAGCAUGCAAUGUUGCUGCCAGUAUUAGUUUGCCACUUGCGAUUCCAUUCCUCACUGAAUAGACUGGAAGAAAACAUUGGAUAUAAAUUUAGAGAUCGGUACCUCCUCCAGCUUGCUCUUACACAUCCAUCAUACAGAGAAAAUUUUGGUACCAAUCCAGAUCAUGCACGGAACUCCUUAACCAACUGUGGACUGCGACAACCUCAGUAUGGAGACAGAAGAAUUCAUUAUAUGAACACUCGCAAAAGGGGUAUCAAUACUCUUAUCAAUAUCAUGUCAAGAUUUGGAAGCCAACAGGAAGCAACAUCUAGCAUCAACCACAAUGAAAGACUUGAGUUUUUGGGUGAUGCAGUAGUUGAAUUUCUGUCAAGUAUACAUCUCUUUUAUAUGUUCCCUGACCUUGAAGAAGGUGGUUUGGCAACUUACAGAGCAGCUAUUGUUCAAAAUCAGCAUUUAGCUGUAUUGUCCAAAAAACUUCAUUUGGAAAAGUUUAUGCUGUAUGCUCAUGGCUCAGAUUUAUGUCAUGAUUUGGAAUUAAGACAUGCAAUGGCAAAUUGCUUUGAAGCAUUGAUGGGUGCAUUGUUCCUAGAUGGUGGAAUAGAAGUUGCUGAUAAAGUCUUUUCUAAAACUUUGUUUCCUGAGCCAGAACUACAGGAAGUCUGGAAGAAUUAUCCAUUGCAUCCCCUUCAGGAACAAGAACCUGAUGGAGAUCGAAAAUGGAUUGAAUCUGUUCCUUUGCUCCAAAAACUACACAAAUUUGAAGAACAAAUUGGUAUAGAAUUUACACACAUUCGCCUUCUAGCCAGAGCUUUGACACAUCGCAGCUUGGGUUACAAUAACCUUACCCUAGGUUCAAAUCAGCGUCUUGAAUUCUUAGGUGAUACAGUACUUCAGUUAGUAGCUUCAGAAUAUCUGUACAAAUUCUUUCCACAGCAUCAUGAGGGACAUCUUUCCUUGCUCAGAAGUUCUCUUGUGAACAAUCGUACUCAAGCUGUUGUGUGUGGAGAUUUAGGUAUGGUGCAAUAUGCUAUUUAUCCUUACUUCAAAGUUGAACUAAAGCCCAAAGAUAAAGCUGAUUUGCUAGAAGCUUUCCUUGGAGCUCUUUAUGUUGAUAAAGAUUUGGGCUAUUGCAGAAAGUUUUGUGAAGUUUGUUUCUUUCCUCGAUUACAGGAUUUUAUCAUGAACCAAGACUGGAACGAUCCCAAAUCUAAACUUCAGCAAUGCUGCCUUACUCUCAGAUCUAUGGAUGGAGGAGAACCGGACAUUCCAACAUAUAAAGUUAUUGAAUGCAAAGGACCAACUAAUACCCGUGUUUAUACUGUUGCUGUUUAUUUCCAAGGCAAUCGUUUAGCUGUAGGAUCUGGUCACAGUAUUCAGCAAGCUGAAAUGGACGCUGCAAGCAAUGCCCUGCAAAAAUCUAAAGACCUCUUCCCACAACUGAAACAUCAAAAAAGAGCCAUAGAAAGGAGUUUAAAACAAGGAAACACACGCAAACACAAGCGACAUAGGCAUUCAGAAUCAAGAAAUUAAAUAUUUUCCUAGAGAAAUGUUUAUUGCUCUUGACGGUUUUGACACUUAAGAAGUUUGUGAACUGACUAAACAUCUGUGAUAAUUUUUCUGCCGCAAUCAAGACUUGUUGCUGAAAAAGCUGCAUAAAGAGUAUUUUAAGACUUUUGUACAUUUCUGAUUGGUGGUGAUUGUGCAUGUCAUGUCAGAUUUCAUGUGAUAAAACAAUUUAUUGUGCAUUGUAAAUAAUGUAUGCAGUGUCCAAUUAUAUAUAUCCAUUGUUAUAUGUGUAAUGUUACUUGAUGACAAUCUCACUGAAUUGUAUCAAUAGCAGUCAUCUAUCUGUCAUAGCGAGUUUCAAUAUUUAUUUAUGCAUGUAAAUAUGAAUUUUAUUUAUAAAAGUUAACUUUUCUUAGAUAUCCAUUUUUAGUAUGUAGAAUUUGAUCAGCUGUGUAACUAUUAUUAGUAAAAUAUAAUCCAUGUGUAUUUCAGAAAGAAAAAUCUUUCAAAAGUAAUUGAAUGGUUAUCUUCAAAAUCUAUUUGAUUUUUUGGAAAUAUUUAAUGAAAGAAUUUUGUAAGUUGUGCACAAUGGAUUACAAAGACUUAUACAAAAUGAAUGUAUGGUCUAAUUUGAACAAAAUAUCAACUUUUCUUAUUAUCAAUGUAAGAAAUUAGAAAUAAAUAUUGUUUUAUUUCAUGGCAAAUUAUUGA